GUAUCAACGGCCAUAAAAUUCAGAGGACCUUAAACAUUGGGUUACUUAAAUGGCCGACUAGGACAGCUUCAGUAACAAUUGUCCUUUGAGAAAUUCGGAGGCAUAAAGUGUCACGCCAUUUGAAGGCCAGGCAAGUGGGAGGUGGGAGGGGAGUGCAGCUUUUUAAAAAUAACCUGAAGCAAUGGCGAGAGCAAGGCAUGAACACAGAACGGGGGAUCUAGAGAAGGGAAGUUAUCUAUGGAAGCCAAUGGGGGGCCAGGCUUACUGUAGUAGGCAAAGAAGAGGCGGAAUUCGGGACUAGGUUCCGCAGGAUCAGGGCGACAAACUGAGCAAGGUAUUGGCUACAAUCAACAAUUAUGUAGCUACUGGAGGCUGGAUUCUUGACAUUUUUUGAUUGUGCCUUUCAAAGCGAACAAAAGUGAGGCUUUAGGAUUAGAAAGGCAUUGACCGCAAGUACACAAAUGUAGCCAUUUCUGGCUGAAUUGGUACAAUGUGAAUCACCUAUCCAAGCCUGAGAUUAUAGGGAGAGAAAUGUGUUAGUUACAAUCAACACUGGUGUAGCCAUUUCUGGCUGAAUUGGUACAAUGUGAAAUCACCUAACGAAGCCUGAGAAUAGGGAGAGAAAGUGUUUUGCUGGUUAGGUCUACAAUCAUCAAAAAUAAUAAAGUCACCACAGUCUAUGUACGCGACCCCCCCCCAAAAAAACAAGGGGGACCGUUUUGAAAGGGGGAGGACAAUUCAUUUCGAAUUUCGCGCCUGGCUUUUGGCGGGUGGCAAAACCGCCCAAAAAGCGGAGACCUCAUUUCUCCCUCGGCUUUGGCUGUUGUCAACAAACAUCCUUCUAAAGGAUCCUCUUACUUUUCUAGCUGUCGAUGUUGUCGUCUGGGUGAUGGAUCAGCAUUGAAGAGAGUCAAGUCAAAUCAAAUCAACAAAUAGGCGUGUUGUUGUUGAACUUUUGGAGAGAGCGAGUGACGGCGAGUAGACAGUAAACCAGGAAGCAGGAUGAAUGUGCCAACGACCCGUCGUAGAUCAUUGCGCAAUGCCGGCAAGAAAGGCCAACAGCAUCAGGCAAAGCAGGAAGAGAAAAAGCCAGUCCCAAUGGUCACCACUCGAAAGCGUCGAGGGGCCUUGAAGGAUCUCACCAAUGAGAAUGAUGAAGAGACAACCAGAAAAUCCAAAAAGCCUCGCGCCGUAGUGACGGAGAAGGCCGAAAGGCGACGGACUAGAAGCGUCGCACGGGCUUCCAAGGACAAGGAAGAAGACGACAACCCACCCAGUGCCCCCAUUACACGGGCCAAGGCGAAGCAGGUAAAAGGCGACAAUCAUAUCGUUGUCCCCACACGAGACCCAAAAAGUAAAAGCAGUCAGCCGGAUCCCGAGCCUCCCAAACCGGAAAAGCGUCUUCCACUCAUCCCUUCCAGACGACGCAGUUGCCGUCUCAUCAAAGACGCUCCAAUCUACCGGCAUCCUGCCAACUACCAUCCUGGCUACGACUACCAAUACGCUGGCGUUGCCGACGACAUUGACUUUCGCGACUUUGACGAUCCAACCUGUGCUACGGACUAUGUCCUGGACAUGUACAACACUUUCCAUGACAAGGAAGCCGAAACCUGUGCCAAGCCCUACUUGCACAAACAACCAUCUAUCACACACCGAAUGCGAGCCAUCUUGGUGGACUGGCUCGUCGAGGUCCACUCCAAGUUCCGGCUGACUCCAGAGACGCUCUACUUGGCAGUCAACUUGGUGGACCGCUUCUUGAUGCGAGAAGAACUUGCUCGCAGUGACCUGCAACUUUUAGGGGUUACUUCUCUCAUGAUUGCUGCCAAGUACGAGGAGAUCUAUCCUCUCGGAUUGACUGAUCUUGUCUACAUUUGCGACAACGCCUACACGCGACGUGAUGUCUUGGAUAUGGAAACUACCAUCCUAAAUGCUUUAGAGUAUCAGGUGGUGAUCCAUAGUGCACACCGGUUUCUUUUGCGCUACUUGAAGGCUGCGCAUGCCGACAAGAAGAUUGUCCAAUUGUCGUGCAUGAUCCUGGACGGAGCUUUGAUCAGCUCCCGUCUUCUGGAGUAUCUUCCCAGCCAGCUCGCGGCCGCAGCUGUUGCAAUCGCUCGACAUGCUGCAGGAAGACACACAUGGAGCCCCACGCUGCUGAAAUAUGCACGCUAUUCAGAGGAGGAAGUGUUGCCUGUUGCCAAGGCAAUUCUAGUUGAAAAGAGGGGCAUCGACCCCGAGCUCAACUCCAUUCGUAAGAAGUAUUCGAGCUCUCGCUACGGUUGUGUUGCCGAGACGAUCCUGGAUCUGUUUUAAAUGUGAAUACGAUAUUUUAUUACUUCGAAAGUUGAUUGAAUGAUUGAUUGGAUGAGAAAGAUUUUACCAGGGCAAUGCCAGUGCUCUGAAUGACUACAGUAUCUCUUUAAUAAAAAAUAAGCAUGAAUAAAAAAGCAAACAGUUAUG